GUGGUCAGAGUUUAGAGACGACACAGUGUGGGUGUGGCCUCUGUGUAGUCUAAUUACUUGUGGGCGUGGUCAGCCACAGUACCGUUUCCGGGGGGAAUCCGAAGCCUAACUACUACGGUAUCUCUACCCCAGCCUUAUACUGAGGGUUUUCAUCAUCUGCAACAUGAUUGAAGUUGUGGCCAAGCUGGUCCGUGGCCCGGUGUUCUUAGCUGGGGAGAGUCUGGAGUGUGUAGUGAGUUUCACCAAUCCAUUGUCUGCCCUGUCCACCUCUGCCAGCAGCGAGACUCUGGCUUGGGCCAGUGCACAGAUACACUGCCAGUUUCACGCCAGUGACAGCAGGGUGCAACUUCCAGCAAGCGAGGAGCCCAGACAGGAUGUUCAGGCAGAGAAUGAGACCGUCUUCAUCCCCAACAGAGGUGAACGGGGUCAGUGCAUCCUCUCCACUCCUCCCAAAAUCUUGUUCUGUGACCUGCGUCUGGAUCCGGGGGAAACUAAGUCAUAUUCCUACAGUGAAAGCCUGCCGCUCAGCGCUCCUCCCUCAUUCCGAGGUCAGUCCGUCAAAUAUGUCUACAAACUAACCAUUGGCUGCCAGCGGGUGAACUGCCCCAUCCAGCUCCUGCGGGUCCCCUUUAGAGUCCUGUUACUGCAUGCGCUGCAGGGGUUUCAGCCACUACAGGAGGAUGAGGUGGCCCCUUCCAAUCCCUUCCUGGACGAGGAGAUGUGUAAGAAAGACUCCAGACUGCUGGACUCUGCGGUGGAGAUUCUCAUGACCGUCACAUCCCGAAGAACCUUACACCAGUAUAAUAUCAGUAACGCGCGGGGCCGUGUUGGGACCUUCUGCAUUUUUAAGACUGUGUAUAAAAUCGGAGAGGAUGUCAUCGGCACUUUCAAUUUCUCUGAUGGUGAAAUCCCGUGUUUGCAGUAUUCCGUCUCUCUGCAAACUGAGGAGAGUGUGCAAGAAGACUACAGACGCACACGUGGACAGCCUGUAUCUAUCAGCACGCACGCUCAGCAUCAUGAGUCCUGUCUACAUACAGCCAGCAGUCAUUUCAGUCUUCCUGUGCCCCUGAGCUCCUGCCCGGGCUUCAGCACUAACAUUGUGUCCCUCAAGUGGCGCCUUCACUUUGAGUUUGUCACUUCCCGUGAGCCGGUGGAGGCUCCUACUGUGCCUGAAAACCAAUCCGAGAUCAUCACGUGGACUGGAGCUGAGCAUAUAGAUGUGGAUACGUUUAGCUGGGACUUACCCAUCAAAGUACUGCCCACCAAUCCCUUACUGGCCUCCUAUGUGUCUCCAGUGCCUUCAUCCCAUUCCAUCAGCAUAUAAAUCUCAGUCUGUAAUACUCAUAUAUACACUUACUGUCAUGUAGCAUUCUUCUUCCUGUGUCACACUGCAGGGGGAGGGGCCGCCCCUGUGUCCUAUACAUGUGACCCUGCAGGAGGAGGGGCAGCCCCUGUGUCUUAUACAUGUGCAGGGGGAGGGGCAGCCCCUGUGUCUUAUACAUGUGCCGCUGCAGGGGGAGGGGCAGCCCCUGUGUCUUAUACAUGUGCCCCUGCAGGGGGAGGGGCAGCCCCUGUGUCUUAUACAUGUGCCGCUGCAGGGGGAGGGGCAGCCCCUGUGUCUUAUACAUGUGCCCCUGCAGGGGGAGGGGUAGCCCCUGUGUCCUAUACAUGUGACCCUGCAGGGGGAGGGGCAGCCCCUGUGACUUAUACAUGUGCCGCUGCAAGGGGAGGGGCAGCCCUGUGUCUUAAACAUGUGCCCCUGCAGGGGGAGGGGCAGCCCCUGUGUCCUAUACAUGUGACCCUGCAGGGGGAGGGGCAGCCCCUGUGACUUAUACAUGUGCCGCUGCAAGGGGAGGGGCAGCCCUGUGUCUUAUACAUGUGCCCCUGCAGGGGGAGGGGCAGCCUCUGUGUCUUAUACAUGUGCCGCUGCAGGGGGAGGGGCAGCCCCUGUGUCUUAUACAUGUGCCCCUGCAGGGGGAGGGGCAGCCCCUGGGUCCUAUACAUGUGACCCUGCAGGGGCAGUCCCUGUGCUCUAUACAUGUGACCCUGCAGGGGGAGAGGCAGCCCCUGUGUCCUAUACAUGUGACCCUGCAGGGGGAGGGGCAGCCCCUGUGUCCUAUACAUGUGACCCUGCAGGGGGAGGGGCAGCCCCUGUGUCCUAUACAUGUGACCCUGCAGGGGGAGGGGCAGCCCCUGUGUCCUAUACAUGUGACCCUGCAGGGGGAGGGGCAGCCCCUGUGUCCUGUACAUGUGACCCUGCAGGGGGAGGGGCAGCCCCUGUGUCCUAUACAUGUGACCCUGCAGGGGGAGGGGCAGCCCCUGUGUCCUGUACAUGUGACCCUGCAGGGGGAGGGGCAGCCCCUGUGUCCUAUACAUGUGACCCUGCAGGGGGAGGGGCAGUCCCUGUGCUCUAUACAUGUGACCCUGCAGGGGGAGAGGCAGCCCCUGUGUCCUAUACAUGUGACCCUGCAGGGGGAGGGGCAGCCCCUGUGUCCUAUACAUGUGACCCUGCAGGGGGAGGGGCAGCCCCUGUGUCCCAUAGACACCUUCUGUUUGUCACUUGCCAGGGACAGGAAUGGCCCCAUAACGUCUUCUCUAUUGAUCCCCCUGCCGGGGGAGGGUCAGACUGCCUGUCUCAUGGCUCUGUGUCACCCUGUAGUGGGAGUGCUGGUGUUUCUGAUAUGAGACUGUCACAAUGGAAGUGGUAAGACACAUUUAUAUAGAAGUGGUCAUACAGCAUAUUACAUUGAAGCACAUAAUGGCUGCAGGGUAAUCCGCGGCUCGGCGGUGUUUCCUGCCCCUAUGAUAGACAUGAUAAAGCACAAGUCCUGUAAUGAGAAGAUGACAGCUCGGUCGCUGGCGUUCGCCGCUGCGUAAGUGGUUCUUAGGAGGAAAGCAGAUGAGCUGCUGUAAGGAGAGACGGCGCGGCCCAGUCCAUAUUGUGCCGUGUCUAUCUGCUGAUGUGCGUAGGAUAGACGCUCUCUGUUUCCGGCGCUCCCGCUGAGCCCCACUCGUAGUCUGCGCUGUGGACACACGGCAGGUUGGGAUUGGCCUUCUGUACCACCGAGAUGCGACAGGUCCGAGGGUCGUAACGAGCUUCACACCACGCAGGAAAGUCGAUGGGGUGCUGGGUGCUAGAGGGAGACAUGGCCGUUACUCACUCCGUCCUCCCUGUUCUGUGUGUGUAAAUAAAUCUAUAUUUAUAUGUAA